AUGCAGGAGAUACUGAGGUUGGAAGAGCACGAGCUGAGGUACGAGCGGAGAGCUGGAGAGGGGAAGGAAGAGAUGAGGCACGCCCUCGUCGCUGCCGGCGUGGGCCGGGGCGGCGGGGCGGGGAAACCAGCCGCUGCAGGAUCGGAGCGAGGCGGACAUCGACUCCAGCAACCACAGGGGUCGGUCCAGCCACAUCAGCAGCAGCCAUCGCACUUCUGCCAGCUCCACGGCCCCAACAGCACCCACGAGACCUCCGAAUGUCACAAGUUACGCCACGAAUUCCUCACCCACUGCAACGAGUUCUGCGCCCGUACCAAAACGAACAAGGUGCGGGCUGGAGUCGGAGCCACUCUCCAGCGCUGCCGGGACCGCCGCGUGGGCCAGGAUCCGGAGCUGGAGGACAACUGCAGGGGCGCAACUCUGGGGGGCGUGGGUAUGGUGGAUACGGUCAGUCCCCCCCGGAGAGCCGAGGUCGUCAGGUGGGCGGCCGUGGUGGGGCGCAACUCUGGGGGGCGUGGGUAUGGUGGAUACGGUCAGUCCCCCCCGGAGAGCCGAGGUCGUCAGGUGGGCGGCCGUGGUGGUAAUUAUCCGCCGCCCAACGUUCCUCCCGCGCAGAUUGCCAACGUUCCGCGGCCCUAUUUUCUGGCUCAUUUCGCCAUCGGAGGUGGAGAACCAUUAGGCGGCGACAUCACCUCGGGAUGGGAAGCCACGUCGGCGCCCGAAUCUACACCCAGCUGGACCCCACCACCUCCUGAGGCAGGCUACGGGUACGGGCUCGCGGCUCACGGAGUGGACCAUGGCGGAGGUCCCUGCGGCAGCGCCGCUGGCGGGGGAUACGAUUUCCACCAAUUCCCCGACGGCGGAGGGCUCUACCAGCAGCAAGAAGUGAGCAACGUGCCACACUAUCCUUCUGCUGCUGGACCGGACGCCCAACAACCGCGAGUCUACGAGGUCUUCGACACCUCGCAGCAGCAUCAGCAGCAGCAGCACUACGGUGCACCCCAGGCGGCCUCUUCCUUGUCCUCUCUCUCUCCAGCUCCAGGCGACGCUCUACCUCCAGCCGGCGAUUCUCCUCUGCGUCUCUUCAUGACACGUGGCGUGUGCCCUCGACGCAAGUCUGAGAUUGGUUUUGAGAAAGAUGUAGGUUGUUCGAUGUCUGACGUGUUCAAGAGUGCGGAGUCUCAUGUGUCAAUGCCUGGUGUUCCCCGCGUGCCUGUUGUGCAUGAACCUUCUGAUUAUGAGUUCGGUGUCUCGAAGUUUGGUGUGUCUACUCAUGAUGUACCCCGCGUGGCCGCUGUACUUGAGAGUCCUGAUGAAGAGGUCGGCGUUUCGGAGUGUGAUGCAUCUGUCCCUGCUCCACCAAGUGUGCCUGGAAAGGCCGAUUCUGGUGCCAGUGCGAUGAUUACUAACAAAGUGGAUGCGAUGUACAAUGUACGCCACUUGGGCCCGGACGAACGAUUUAUUCAGAUUGGAGACUCGGCUCUCAUCAAGGUUGCCGCUGUAGGGAGUUUGGACCUUAGGUUCCACCAAAUCGGAGCCGACGGGAAACAGGAGGAUUUAGACGUCACUGUGCCAGAAGUUUUGUUUGUGCCCGGGUGUAGUUUCAACCUUUUCUCGGUAUGGAAGGUGUCUCACAAGCAUGAGGUCCGUAUCAACCCUAACGCGGAAUACUCGGCGAAGGUGAUUGAUGUGUGGGAGAGUGAAGAGUGUGAACGCGCCAUGGCUGUGUUGGGUCCGGGGAAGACGCCUUUCAAUGUCGGCAAUGCACAAAAGGUUAUGGAUACUAACACGUUCCACAACCGUGCCAGCCACUUGUCCGAACCCAUUUUGAGACUGUCCGCGAAGCAGCACGGGAUUACCCUCACGGGCACGAUGGACAGCUGCCGAUGGUGCUUGCCGGUGCGUGGGACGAGGGCGCCGGUGCCGAAGCAGGGGGGCGGGUACCGCGGCAAGAGGGCGCCGAACGACGUGUUCCACAUCGACAUCUGCGGCGCGUGCACGGCGACGAUCGGUGGCAACCACUACAUGCUCUUCGUUGUGGACGCCGCCACGGGAUGGAUGUCGUGGAUGCCGCCCACAAGACUGUUACCGCGAUCAAGUGCAUCCGCUGCANGGGGCGGGUACCGCGGCAAGAGGGCGCCGAACGACGUGUUCCACAUCGACAUCUGCGGCGCGUGCACGGCGACGAUCGGUGGCAACCACUACAUGCUCUUCGUUGUGGACGCCGCCACGGGAUGGAUGGUCUGCUACGCCAUGCGGCGUAAGUCGGAGGCGCUAGCGGUCGCCAAGCGCAUAGUCGUGGAUGCCGCCCACAAGACUGUUACCGCGAUCAAGUGCAUCCGCUGCAACUGCGAUGCCCUCUGGACCAGCAGCGACUUCAAGGAGUUCUGUGCCAGCAUGGGGAUCGCGCUCGAGUACUCCCCUCCCGGCGUGCAGCAGUACAACGGCGUCGUCGAGAGCGCCAUCCAGAGGUGCCUCAAGGUGGCCAAGGCAUCCCGCCGGGCCGCCCAGGAGUCGGAGGCGCUAGCGGUCGCCAAGCGCAUAGUCGUGGAUGCCGCCCACAAGACUGUUACCGCGAUCAAGUGCAUCCGCUGCAACUGCGAUGCCCUCUGGACCAGCAGCGACUUCAAGGAGUUCUGUGCCAGCAUGGGGAUCGCGCUCGAGUACUCCCCUCCCGGCGUGCAGCAGUACAACGGCGUCGUCGAGAGCGCCAUCCAGAGGUGCCUCAAGGUGGCCAAGGCAUCCCGCCGGGCCGCCCAGGAGGUGCUUGGCCCCGCAGGAUUUCCUCGCGUCCGCGGGCUGAGUGUUCGUGGCGAUGAGCUCUGGGCGGAGUCCGCAAAAGAAGCCGCGCAAAAGCUGAACCAGUCAGCAUCUCCUUCCAACCCCGGGGGUGCGUCGCCGCAGGAACUCUACACCGGCAAGGGAGGCCCUUUUCGCUUGAUCCCGUUUUUCCAGACGGUUUCAUGUGGGAGCGGCCGGCGAUGAAAAUGGACGACAGGGCAAUGCCGUGUUUUUUUCUCAACGCCGGGGACAACCACGCCGACGUCACGGUUAAGGUGCUCAAGGAGAGGACCGGCCACGUAUGCUACACCUCCGAUGCAGCGUGGGCGGCGCUCCCGCCGUCGAAGGGGG